AUGUCUAGCGACGCAUCCGCACGUCCUGCGCGGACACCGGUCUAUUUUCUUUCACAUGGAGGCCCAAACAUCAUGGAAGAGCCGGAUCACCCUGCCUACAAGAAACUACAGGACAUUGGCAAGGAAAUAACUAGCAAAGUCAAACCAAAAGCCGUUGUGAUAUUCUCCGCCCACUGGCAGAGCCGUAACAACGGCGUCCUCGUAAACACGGCGGAGAUCACUGAGCUGAUUUACGACUUCUACGGUUUCCCGGACUCGUACUACAAUGUCAAGUACCCGAAUGUGGGGAGCCGCGACAUAGCGCAGAAUGUCAUGUCUAAGCUCGAACAAGCCGGCGUCGGAUACACGCCGGUCUCCAGAGGCCUUGACCACGGCGCUUGGGUACCUCUCCUGCUAGCAUUUAACCCAGAAAAGAAUCCUUUGAACGUCCCAGUCGUGCAAAUUUCGCUGUUCAGACAAGAGGAUCCGAACGAGCAUUACCGUCUUGGAAAGGCCGUUGCUGCAUUGAGGGACGAAAACAUCCUGGUCAUUUGCUCGGGAAUGGCGGUGCAUAAUCUGCGAGACCUUUGGGCCUCAAUGGGCCAGUCUCAGCCAAUGCCAUAUGUCAAUAGCUUCGAUGAUGCAUUGAAAGAGGCGGCAACAACACAGCCAGACCAGAGACAGGAGGCAAUGGCAGCGCUUCUGAAGCGCGGAGACGCCAGACAGGCGCAUCCGACAUUUGAUCAUCUCCUGCCCAUCCACAUCGCCGCAGGCGCUGCAGAAGACGACGUCGGCACGCAACUCUUCACCAUGCCUGAAGGCAGCAUGAGCUGGGCCCAAUACCGGUUCGGAGAAGCCGUGGGUAACGCGACCCUUAGUGAAAAAUUGUAG